GGCAGUGAAGUGGAAGUGGAGUCAGUCUUGUGUGCUGUUCAACUAAAACUGCGUGGAGCGCUUGGGAAAGCAAGGAAACCGCGGCAUGAAUGCAAUUACCUAUGGUGAUGUGCAUGUUGACUUCACUUGGGAAGAGUGGACUUUGCUGGAACCUUCCCAGAAGAAUCUCUACAAAGAUGUGAUGCUAGAGACCUACAGGAACCUCCUUAUUAUUGGAUACAGUUGGGAAGACCAUACUAUUGAACAACAUUGUCAUCUUUCUACAUGGCAUGAAAGGAAGGAAACAAGUAACACUGGAGAAAAACCCUCUUUAUCUACUCAGUGUCUUAAAGCCCUUCCUUAUGACAGUCAUCUUCAAAGGCAUGAAAGAACAAAUCCUAGCGAGAAACACUAUGAAUGUAAUCAGUGUGGUAAAGCCUUUGUACGUCUCAGUCAUCUUCAAAUGCAUAAAAGAAUACAUACUGGAAAGAAACUAUAUGGAUGUAAUGAAUGUGAUAAAGCCUUUUCACGUAUCAGUGAUCUUCAGAGGCAUAUACUAAGGCAUACUGAAGAGAAACGCUAUGAAUGUAAUCUGUGUGGUAAAGCCUUUUCAUAUCACAGUCAUCUUCAAAGGCAUAAAAGAUCCCAUACUGGAGAGAAACCCUAUGAAUGUAAUCAGUGUGGUAAAGCCUUUCCAUUCCAAUGUAAUCUCCGAAUACACGAAAGAAUGCAUACUGGAGAAAAACCCUAUGAAUGUAAUCAGUGUGGUAAAGCCUUUAUAUAUGACAGUGUUUUUAAAAGGCAUAAAAGAACCCAUACCGGAGAGAAACCCUAUGAAUGUAAUCAGUGUGGUAAAGGCUUUGCAUGUAUCAGUGAUCUUCAACAGCAUAAAAUAAGACAUACUGGAGAGAAACCCUAUGAAUGUAAUCAUUGUGGUAAAGCCUUUGUAUGUAUCGUUGAUCUUCAAAGACAUAUAAGAACACAUACUGGAGANAAGCCAUAUGAAUGUAAUCAGUGUGGUAAAGCCUUUGCACGUCACAGUAAUCUUUACGUUCAUAAAAGAACACAUACUGGAGAGAAACCCUAUGAAUGAAAUCAGUGUGGUAAAGCCUUUGCAAGUCAAGGUUAUCUUCACAUUCAUAAAAGAUCAUAUCCUGGAGAGAAACCCUAUGAAUGUAGUCAGUGUGGUAAAAUUUUUGUUUGUAAAAAUAGUCUCUGAACACAUGAAAGAAACCAUACUGGAGUGAAAUCCUAUGAAUAUAAUCAAUGUGGUAAAGCCUUUUGCCCAUGACAGUACUCUUCAACAGCAUAAAAGGACACAUACUUUUAUAAGUGUGGUAAAGGAUGAUAUCACAGUCAUCUUCAAGGCAUUAAAGAACACAUACUGGAGUAAAAACCCUACGAAUGUAUGUGUUAAAACUUUUGCUCAUUGUGGAGGCCUGAAAAUGUGAGCCUGUUUCCAAGUUGAACAAAGGUCAGAGAGUUGGGACUUUUUUCUAGUUCCUUCAUGAUUAUUGUGCUUUUACCUCAAACAAAUGCUCCACCUAGAUAUAGUUCCAGGAGUUUUGCUCUCUCAAGGUUAUUGUCAACAGGUGUCUCUAAUUGCCAGACCUUCUACACCGGGAAUAGAAAAGUAGAUCAGUUCUUGCCUGAAACAAAAGUCUAAGGAUUCAAAUUAGUUCCAGUUCCCACUAUGUAGAUAACUUCGGAUUCCAUGGAGGGAGUGGUUUGCCUACAGAAUGUUUUGGUCUAAGGUGUAAGUGUGACUUGUUUCGUUCUAGCAACAGAAUUUUUAACUAUGGAUGUAGACUGCAAAUUUCAAUUGUAUGUUCAUUUCCUUGUAUCAUGUUAA